UCAGAAAAAGGAAGAAGGAAGGCAUGGAUCUUUAGGAGAUAAUGAAGACAUGGCCAGAGUACAUACUGAUAAAAAACAGAAAACCAUGUUCUGCUUGUUUGAAAAUGAUUGUAAAUGCUGGAGUUAACCGGAUUUCAUAUUGGCCUGCGGAUCCAGAAAUAAGUUUGCUUACUGAGGCUUCUAGUUCUGAAGAUGCAAAAUUAGACGCCAAAGCAGUAGAAAGAUUGAAGUCCAACAGUCGGGCUCAUGUGUGUGUCUUACUUCAGCCUUUGGUGUGUGAUAUGGUACAGUUUGUAGAAGAGACUUCUUACAAAUGUGAUUUUGUUCAAAAAGUUACAAAAGCACUGCCGGAUGCUAAUAUUGACUUUUAUUCUGAAUGUAAACAAGAAAGAAUAAAAGAAUAUGAAAUGUUAUUUUUGGUUUCAAAUGAAGACAUGCAUAAGCAAAUACUGAUGACAAUAGGUUUGGAGAACCUGUGUGAAAAUCCAUACUUUAGCAAUCUAAGGCAAAACAUGAAAGACCUUAUCCUUCUUUUGGCCACAGUAGCUUCCAGUGUGCCCAACUUUAAACACUUUGGAUUUUAUUGUAGCAGUCCAGGACAGAUUAAUGAAAUUCACAAUCAAAGUUUGCCACAAGACAUUGCAAGGCACUGCAUGGUUCAGGCCAGGUUAUUGGCAUAUCGAACUGAGGAUCAUAAAACUGGAGUUGGAGCAGUGAUUUGGGCAGAAGGCAAAUCUAAAAAUUGUGAUGGAACCGGAGCAUUGUACUUCAUCGGAUGUGGCUAUAAUGCUUUUCCUGUUGGAUCUGAGUAUGCUGACUUUCCCCAUAUGGAUGAUAAACAGAAGGACAGAGAAAUAAGGAAAUUCAGAUACAUUAUACAUGCGGAACAGAAUGCCUUGACAUUUAGGUGUCAGGAAAUCAAGCCAGAAGAAAGAAGCAUGAUUUUUGUGACAAAGUGCCCAUGUGAUGAGUGUGUACCUUUAAUUAAAGGUGCAGGCAUAAAACAGAUCUAUGCAGGGGAUGUAGAUGUUGGAAAAAAGAAGGCAGAUAUCUCUUACAUGCGGUUUGGAGAACUUGAGGGAGUUAGUAAAUUCACAUGGCAGAUGAUUCCUUCAGGAGCUUAUGGUCUUGAACAAAAUGAGCCUGAAAGGAAAGAGAGAUGA